GCCUCAGUCUCUGAUAGGAAACUCUCGGGAGCAGACCGAUAAGCGCUUUUUCGGGCCUUUCCGCCAAACCAAAACACCAGAAAACAGCCAACAGCCAAGUGUAAAGCAAAGCAAACUAAUAAAAAGCAAAAAACCCAGGACAAACGGGCCCAUUUUUGGUGUUUCGUUUAAAUUUUUUGGGCCACAAAGCCAAAUAGAAAAACCCAAAAGAAAACUGAAAAGUCAAAACAAAUCAGUGCAGCAGCCGCCAAUUGCAUCCAAUAUUGCUCUCCGGCGAGUGUGUAUCCCUGUGUUUAUGUGUGUGUGAGAGAAAAGUGAAACGACCGGCAGCGAAAGCGCGAAAAACAAAAAAGAAAUAAACUUUCAACUCGUAAUACCAAACCCCUCGCCACCCAGGAAGUCCAAACUGCAAGCUGACGUUACAAGCGGUCAAAAUUGGAUUAUGCUUAGGCACAAACGCAACUGCCACGCCAUUCAAACGCCCAGCGACGCCGAGCAUGUGAAGUUAAAGCCGCAUUUUCAUCCGCCCCAGUGGCUCCUGCACCGCGUCACCUUCUCUCUGGAGCUAUAUCACAAAAACAUCAUCAAGAAACUGCCCGGUUACGCCAAAUUCCUUGUCUUCAGGCUGACCAAGAACGUCUGCCAGACUUAAGUCACUCAAAAAUA